UGCUGGCUGCUGGUAGAGGGCAUCUACCUGCACAACCUGCUGGUGGUGGCUGUCUUCUCUGAGAGGAGCUACUUCACCCUCUACCUGUGCAUCGGCUGGGGGGAGGGGACGCCCGUGCUGUUCCUCAUCCCCUGGGUCAUUGUGAAGUUCCUCUACGAAAACAUCCAGUGCUGGUCCACCAACAACAACAUGGGCUUCUGGUGGAUCCUUCGCUUCCCUGUGUUCCUGGCCAUCCUGAUCAACUUCUUCAUCUUCAUCCGCAUCAUCCAGAUCCUCGUGUCCAAGCUCCGUGCGCACCAGAUGCGCUACACUGACUACAAGUUCAGGUUGGCCAAGUCCACGCUGACACUGAUCCCACUGCUGGGCAUCCACGAGGUGGUCUUCGCCUUCAUCACAGACGAGCACGCCCAGGGCACCCUGCGCUAUGUCAAGCUCUUCUUUGACCUCUUCUUGAGCUCCUUCCAGGGGAUGCUGGUGGCCAUUCUCUACUGCUUCGUAAACAAGGAGGUGCAGGCAGAGCUGCUGAAGCGGUGGCAGCGCUGGAAGCUGGGGAAAGACCUGGCCGAGGAGUACAAGCACACCUACAGCCACGCGCCCAGCGCCCGCAACGGCGCCGGCAGCAUCU